GGUGGUUCCGCUCGUCGCGCACGCGCACGCCCCGGCGGACUAAUGCGGCUGCUGUGGAUUUCCCCCCGACGUUCGCUCGCCGCGACGAGCGCAAGCACGGCGGCGAUGGACGGCGCCCGCUCCUCUUCCGCCUGCCGGCCGCCGCCGCCGCCGCCGCCGCUGCUGCUGCUGCUGGCGGCGGCGGCGGCUCGGCUCCUGCUCGCCGGCCGAGGCGUCGGCGCUCAGAAGGUGAGCGUGGAUGAGGAGCUGGAGGCCUACCCCGACGAGUCGGUGGACCUGCGCUGCCAGUUCAUCGACGGAGGAGGCAAAACCAAACUCAACCAGGUUUCGUGGAUCUGGGAGCCCGCCGAAGGCCAGCAGCGGGACAACAUCGCCGUCUACCAUCCCGUCUACGGCCAGAGUUUCCCCAACUUGUCCUUCAAGGACCGCGUGGCCUUCCUGCACAACAACCCGGAGAACCCGUCCAUCCGGAUCUCCCGCCUGCGCAUGUCCGACGCCGGGCGCUUCACCUGCGAGUACGCCACCUACCCGUUGGGCAACAAGCAAGGCACCACCGCGCUCGUCAUGCUGGCCAAACCCAAAAACUCCGCCAACGCGGUGACGGCGCGGGCGGGCACCGAGGCGGCGGUGGUGGCGCGGUGCCAGGCGGCGGACGCUAAGCCGGCGGCGACCAUCAAGUGGCUGGCGUCGGCGGGCGGCGACCACACCACCAGCAGCGCCGACGGGCCCGACGGCACGGUCACGGUGCGCAGCGAGUACCGGCUGGCGCCCACGCCGGCCGACGACGGCCGGGAGGUGACGUGCGUGGUGGACCAGCGCACCCAGGACAAGACCUGGAUGCAAAUUCUCAGGCUCUCUGUGGAGUACCCCCCGUCCGUCUCCAUCGAGGGCUACGACCACAACUGGUACGUGGGCCGCUCGGACGCCGCGCUGGUCUGCACGGCCGACGGCAACCCGCGGCCCACCGCCGUCACCUGGACCGCGGCGUCGGGCCCGCUGCCGGACUCGGUGCUGGUGGACGGCAACAAGCUGACGGUGAGGAAGGUGGACGACGCCGUCAACACCACCUUCAUCUGCGAGGUCAAGAACAAGCACGGCGCCGCCAAGGACCGGGUCACCGCCCUCGUCAUCGAAGCCUCGGAGGACCCGUCCAGCACCGGCGUAGUGGCGAGCGCCGUGAUCGGAUCCCUCCUGGCCCUGCUCUCGGUCGCCGCGCUGGCGGGCGUGCUGGUGACCCGCGGCCGCCGCCGGCACCGGCGCGGCGCCGACUCGGCGGCGGCGGCGGCGGCGGCGGGGGGCGGCAACGGCGACGGCGCCGAUUACGGCAACAAGGCCCGUCUUCUCUUGGGCGGCGAGGGCAAGAACAACAGCGGGCCGGCGUACACGUACCGCGAGGGCUGCGACAACACCGGCACUCUGACGGAGAAGGCCGGCGACUUCCGGCGCCGCCCCGCCGAGCCCCGCGCCCGCGACGUCCUCCUGGACGAGGCGGAGACGAGGAAGUUUGACGACGGCCCGGAGGAGGACGAGCGCUACGAGCGAUUCGAGGGCGGGAACGCGCUCCCUCCGGCCUAUCGCGGCCGGGACGAGAUUUACCUGGGCGACGACAUGGAGUCUCAGCGGGACGGCUCCGUUAUUUCCCGGACGGCCAUUUACGUGUGAGGCGGCGAAGGAAUCGCCGCGAAGCCCGUCCGCUCGAACUCCGUUGAAACUGCGCGACGCGUCCGCACGUGACCGGACGAGCGCCUCGCCGCAUCGGAACGGACGCCGCCCGCCGCUCCUCGCCGCGUUGUCGUUCCUGGAGCUUCGACUCGGUUCCGUCGAGACGGCGAGAAGAAGAAACGCUUUCUGGCCUUCUUUUGAGCGUGUGUGCGAAUGUGCGGCCGCUGCGGUGUUCGACUCCAGUCGCACGGCUCCACUCCGCUCACGUUGAAGUGGCCCAUUUUAGGACUUCGGACUUACUCGGCUCGAACUUCCAAGAGACUCGACUUGACUUUGACUCGACAUCACGCGACAAUUCGUUCCCGAGAUGUCUGUGUUUAGUCAAGAUGUUCUUUUUUGGCGUGGAGGCGACAGGCCAGCUCGCCAAUGAACAUUCCGUUUUUGGAACACGACAACGGCAACAUGCGAGGUUUGCGACGACAGUCGAAAGAGACGCGGCCCAAAAUGACACGUCGCCGUCAGGCCCCGCACAGACGGCGAGCUACGUUAACUUCACGGUUUAGCUAACCGAUCGCCGGUCAAUGUACUAGUGCGGGCACCGGUGUCGACGCUCCCCUCGCGUCGUUCCCGCCGCGACGUCGGCUCUUUCGCUUUUUUGCUUUGGUUUAUUUGUUUUCGGUUGAAGUUGAAGUUGAAUCCAUUUUCAGUUCCCAUCCCCUCGCUUUGACUGCGCUCGAUUGUAUCGCUUCGUUUGCGACCGGUGUUAGCGAGUAAUAAUUACUCGGAACCACAUUCUGUCCUUUCCUUCCAAAAUGAAUCCGCGACAUUAGCGGGAGAAAAUGCGUCAUCAAGUGACGGUUGCGUUUGGAAGUUUCCACGUUUACAAUUUGAGUUCUAUUUGAAAAAUUUUUGUUCCUAUCACUUCCUGCUUCAAAACCCCACGCUUGUGAUUGGCUCUCCCUGGUCAUGUGCCAUUCUGGAGUCGCCUCAAAGCUGACAUAUUUGUCCGAAUGUGACCCCAAAGCGCCACCUUGUGGCGUAAUCUCUUUUUGAACACCUAAAAGAACGCAUGAACACUUUGGUCUGUAUCCUGUUUUGACUUUUUGAUCGAACGUUCACUUACCCGGUGGUCGUAUGAAGUGACGAUUGUAAACAUUUGUCAUUAGGUCGACAAGGUGUGCCGUGUGGUCAGCAUAGUAUACACAUAUGAUGUUACAAAGACAUUUUUUUGUGUGAUGUAUUUACAUGUUAUCUUGUUUGAAUCGCUUUGUUAUUUGUGCAAAGAACAAAUGUGGAUCAUUCCAAAAUAAUCCUCGAUGGACUUUUUGUCAAGGAACCAUCCGAGGGUCCGGCUGAUUCAUUCAUUGAAAAUGAAAUAAGGUCCUGAAAACUCGUCCCCAUUCCAACCCCAACAGGUUCACUUGACGUCGAAGUCAACUUCCCAAGCCCGCUUCCGACUUGAAAGUCCACGUGCUUGAUUUUUUUGCCGCAGUCGCUUGAAAGUCGGAGGUUUAAGACUCGAGACGGACUCGUGACUUACUCCCACCUCUGGUCAACGGCGCGCGUCACCUUCUAUCUGCUGGGCGUCGACGUUGUGUGUCGCGCAAAGAAUCCCAUUCAGCAGACUGCAUAUCAAAAUACCCUUCCCAUGAUUUCCCUUGGUUUCGGUCCCUCCCCGCAUGCUUCUCUAUUGGCGGCGUCCAUCGCGUGCGUUUCGAAAAGCCAACCCGCGUCUUCGUUCCAAACCUCAUUGGGCGACGCCCCCUAAAUCCUCCUCAACGCGUCUUUUCAACAAGAUUGUAGCUUUUAUUCCUGUUUGUUCUUUUGCUCCCUUGUUCUGCGAUUUGUUCCGGCAAAUCCCGGGAACACUCGACACAAUUGUGUGUGCGCGUGUGCGUGCUUGAGCAUUGUAAUUCGUGAUUGCGUAUGCUGAGGAUUCGGAUUUUCAUGACAAAUGUAUUCUCAUCCUUUUCGUAUUUUUUAGCGCUCGACGACAAAGUGCUCACAUGACAUGGCCGUGAAAGAGGGUGCGCGCCAUUUCAACGGGAACCCGGGAUGCGGGUGCACGGAUGGGGGUCGCGUGCGCUUGUCCAGCUCGUGUCCUUGAGUGCGGAAAGUGCCGGCAAAACGUGGGCAAAGCCAGAUGGCGCUAACCACGACGCGAUUCUGCACUCUUCCGAAACGGACCGCACUUGCUUCACGACGAAUGAACGAGAUCCGCUGUUGCCAGGCGGAUCUCAAACGUGAAGAUGUUGCUAGGUCGUCACCUGUAGGAGCUUCAGUUGGUAUAAAAAGUCUACACACCCCUGUUGAAACCAGCCAGGUUUUUAUGUGCCUUUGAUUAACCCCAGAUAAAGUUGAUCUGUUCUAGUAGGCUUUUUUUUUUUUGCUUCCUACCAGUUUUGUUUUGUGCUAACUCUGACUGCUAUUUGGAACUGUUCCUAAUUCGCUCCACCUUGUCGAAGGUCCCAGGUCCAGCUAAAGAAAAACAGACAGACACCGCCACCACCGUGUUGCACUGGAGUGCUGGUGUUCAUUUGGUGUUUUUACGCCAAACACAACUUUUGGAAUUAAGGCCGAAAAGUGCAAACUUGGUUUCUUCGUACUGUUACACAUUUUCCCACGUGUUUGGGAGAUUUUGUUACGGUCGGGGGAAACCAAGGUCGAACUUUGGGGCCUUAGACAAGGUGGAGCGAUUGAUGAACAGUUCCAAACAGCAACAGUCAAUGUUAGCACAAAACCUACAGGCUAUGCUAUCAAGCAUAUAAAUGUCAGGAAAUGCCUACUAGAACAUCUGAACUUUCUUUGGAGGUAAUCAGAGGCAACUAAAAUGGUGGCAGGUGCGUGCUGACUCCAAUUUAACGUGAGUUUGAAUGUGAUUGGUUCAUUCUGAACACAGACACAUCCUAGUUAUAAGAGGGUGUGCACAAUUGUGCAACCACAUUGAAGUCAUUUAUUUGGAAUUCCCCUCGUAAAAAGGUUCUUUUAAAAAACAUCCCUUGUUAAAGGUGGAAAUGAUCUUGGUCUCAUUUUUGAUAUCGCAAACAGCUGGCACUUGAAAAGGGAUUUGGAACACGAUUUACAGCCGCUAUGUUUGCAUUCUUAAGCUGGAUUUACACUGCGGGCUUCGAGCGGAAGAAUUAUUAUAUCAUGUUGUUCAAUGUUGUGCUCAAAGAAUGAGGCCUCUUCCGAACGUGUGUCAAAAUCGUCAAAACGUAGCGGAUAUCUGCCGAUGCGAGCGCAGUGUAAAAGCCCAAACGGUCAAUAACGCCGCCCAAACGGUAUGAACUCCGUCAACGCCGGCGCGACGUCAUCCAAACGCACGCACCAGUGACGAUGAAGCCCAGGCCAACUAAAUGGCUAAACGUAACGCUUGCUCAUUGUAUUGUUUGUGUAUUGUCGUUUACGUCCGUGUUGACGCCUGUGUCGUUAUCGAUGCUCGAUUUGUGCUCCGGCGCGUGCGGGUUGUUUCGAGCGUUCUUUGAAUGUAAACACAGUCACGUGUGUGACUUGGAACGGACUGGGAAUCGAGCGCCGCAGUGUGCGCCGAGCCGCACUUUUGCCUUGUUCAUCGGCUGCUUUCUCCUUUGUCGUUUUGACGUUUUGAUUUCUUCUGGCGUCAUGUCUUAUUGCGGAGGAACUAUAACAUGGUGGCUGUAGAAAAUAAAAUGAAUGCGCGUG